GAAAUUAUGGGUUGGCGUGUGACCGCCAUAUUGAACACCACGCCAGCGUAAUGACUGCGUAAGAUCAGUAAAAAACACACGUUUUUAUCCGACAGAAACAGUUUACUACGUGCUGAUUCAAGAAUAUCGGAAAGAUGGAGGCAGUAAGAGCCUUCAACAAUGAGCUCUCUUCAUUGUAUGAGACCCGGCCACCAAUAUCUCGGGCAAAAAUGGCCAAUGUUACUAAAGGUGCAAUAAAGGCCAUCAAGUUCUACAAGCAUGUUGUGCAGAGUGUGGAAAAAUUUAUUCAAAAGUGUAAGCCAGAGUACAAAGUUCCAGGGCUUUACGUGAUAGAUUCUAUAGUUCGACAAUCUCGUCACCAGUUUGGAUCAGAUAAAGAUGUAUUUGCACCAAGGUUUACAAAAAAUGUAGUUGCUACGUUCCAAAAUUUACUGAAGUGUCCCAAUGAGGAAAAGAGUAAAGUUAUCAGAGUAUUAAACUUGUGGCAGAAAAAUGGUGUUUUUCAAAGUGAGAUUGUACAACCCUUACUGGAUCUAGCUGUUGACUCUAAUGACAUGAAUCUUGUGGCCGCAGCUCAAAGAGCUGUGGACAAUUUGUCAGCGAAUAAAGCUGGACCCAGUGCAGCUCCUCAAGCAGUACCACCCCAGCCCAAUACUGCUGAGGGAAGUGGUGAGGGUAUGGAAAUGUCUUCACAGAAUGACAUGCUCAACACCGUCACCCAGCUACUUCAGCAGACCCAAACGGUAGGGUAUGACUCGGGAACCACAAGUCUCAGUGCCCAGCAGCAGCAGUUACAACAACUUCAGCUACUGCAGCAACAGUUAAUACAGCAGACACAGUUAAUGCAACAGGCCCCUUCUCAACAGGGAUCAUCUCAUGCUAUUGACAGCAAUCUUCUCUCCCACAUACAGACUCUCACAAACCAGCUUCUCAACAAGACUGAUAAGUCCACAGAAGGAGGAUUCAAUAAGAAAUUAUUAGAUUUCGACUACGGUGAAAGUGAUGAUGAAGAUGAGCAUGGGAUGCCAGGUGGAGGAGGGGGUGGUGGAGUGCCAAAUCUUUUAAACGAUCCAGCUUUCUUACAACAAAUACAACAGAUGUCUCAAACAAUCCAGAAGACAGAGCAAAUACAAAAUGAACUGAGCAUGCAGAAACUAUUACAGCAACAAGCUGAAUUUGACCAGCAAAUUAGACAGCCUCAAAUGUCACAGAUCCCCUCCCUUAUGCCCCCUGAACCACACCCUCCCCCUCCUAUGCAGCCUGGGUACCCAAUGAUGCCUGACCAUCAGCCUCCAUCGGAUGAUUAUCAGGAUAUUGAUGAGCGAACUCAGGAGCCCAUGGAAGAAGAACGUCACAGAGAGGAUAGAGAUCGGGACCGUAAACACCGUAGAUCAAAGCAAUCUUCAAGAGAUCGAUCUCGCUCUAGAACACCUAAAAGAAGAAGACGCACAAGAUCUCGUUCUAGAGACAGGCGGAGACGGUCAAGGUCACGAGAUAGGCAUCGCAGGUCAAGGUCCCGUGACAGGGAAAGGGAGAAACAGAGGGAACGCGAAAGAGAAAGGAGAAAGAAAGGUUUACCAGCAAUCAAAGAGGAAUGUCUUAGCAUCUGUACCACAACGCUCUUCAUUGGACAUUUGGCAAAAAGCACAUCAGAAGAAGAGUUACGGGAGGAACUUGACAAAUAUGGAACCGUGGAAACACUUCAUAUUAUACCUCCAAGAGGAUGUGCAUUUGUGUGUAUGUCAAGGAGGAAAGAUGCUAACAAAGCAUUAGACAGAUUGAAGGGAUACAAGCUCAAUGGAUCUGAUUUGAGGGUUGCUUGGGCUCCAGGCAUAGGUGUAAAGGAGUCGGAAUUUCGGGAUAAAUGGGAUGUUGAUGCAGGGACCACAUACAUUCCCUGGAGCAAACUGCCAGAUGAUCUCAGUAACUUAAUAGAGGGUGGAAUCAUUGAUGAAGAAACUUUACCAGAGCACCUCAAAGGCUCUCUUAUUGGGAGAGAAAAGCCAGAUAUUGUUGAGGAACAGACUCAACAGGCUCCCCCACCUCAUCCACCUUUACCCAACAACCAGGGACCACCACCUAUGGGACUACCAGGACCCCCCACCAGUGGGCCUCCAGGAGGCCAAUUCCCACCGCCUGUUCCAGGUAUGUUGCCCCCUACCUCUGUCAUGCAACACAUGGGAGUGAUGCAGCACAUGAUGGUACAGGGUGGACUUCCUGGACAAAUGCCAGCAAUGCCACCACAAAUGACAAUGGCAGGCAUGCCCCCUCAAUUACAGUCAAGUCAGGGCAUACCCUCAGUACCUGGCAUGAUACCCCUCCCAAGUGGGAUGCCGACAGUCAGACCUCAGAUUGGUCAAAUAUCCUCUGCAGGAGGCUUAACACAGAUCACAUCAUCUGCAGGAAUACCUCCCUCCUCUGUGGGUAGUUUGUUCACUAGCACAGGUGGGCUUCCCCAUGUGUCUGAAGCUGCCAUCAAUGCUGCUCUGCGCCCGGGAUUUCCUGCUGGGGCAGGAUUCCCUCAACGCUUUGGAAUCAAUCUGCCACCAGGACAAGGCUUUAGGAUGCCUCUCUUCAAUCCAACACAGGGUGUUAUCCAACAACCUCAACUACAGCCUAAGCCAUCUCUGUUGGGUAUAAGACCACCAUUUAAUGUGAAUCCUGCCGAUAAAAAAGAAGAAAAACCGUCUCUACUCGGUCGCCCUCCUGGUGACUGGCAGCAACAGUCUAAACCUCAGCCACCACCAGAUUUCUCAGAUGAUCUAGACACUGAUGAUCGUGAUAUUAGAGAAAAUGCUGGUAGUGGUUCCCAGUCAAAACAAGAAUUUGGUGGUAUGCCACCAUUUGGAUCUCAGGGAGUGCCGGCAGCUACAUCACAAGACAAUAUGAAUCAAUCUGGCCAUCCCCCAGGGGCAGGUAGAGGUAUGGGACCAGGUCUUGGGCACCCACCUAAUGUUGGUAUGGCUCCCCCUAAUUUUCGGGGACCUAGACCAUUAAUGGACAUGAAUGGACCCAUGGGCCCUGGCAUGGGUCCAAGAAUGGGAGGACCACCAGAUGGAUCAAACAGGUUCAUGAGUCCAAGGGGACCAAUGCCAGGCAACAUGGGACCCAGAGGAUACCAGGGAGGUCCUCCAGGGCCUGGUGGACCUGGAGGACCCAGAGCAGGUUUCAUUGGCAACAGGCCAGGGAUGCCUUUUCAAAGGUUCCCUGGUAAUUUUCAACCAAGACCUGGUUUUAGAGGACCUCCUGGUGAUAUGAUGAGACCUAGGUUUGAUAUGGGAGGCAGAAUGAAUGCCCAUGAUGGGGAAUUACGUAAUGAUGAAGAGGAGGACAAUUUCCGUAAGGAAGAAAAAUUUGAUAGAGGACACCCUCCUUUUGGUAAAGAGGAAAGUGGUCCCCCAGGAAAGAAUUGGGGAGACAAUGAUGACAAAGAGGAUGACUUUCAAGAUGGUGGUGGAUUUAGAAGGGACUUCAAUAGAAGGGAUAGAGGAGGACGAGGUGGAAGACGAGGAAGGGGUAGAGAUAGUUUUGGCGGUAGAGAUGAUAGACGGGGAGAUUUUGAUAGAAGAGACAGACGUGAUGACAGGUAUAACAGAGAUGACCGGGGAAGGAGUGACUGGGGAAACCGUGAUAGAGGGGGAAGGGAUAGACGUGACAGAGACCAGGAUGGUCCUAGCUUCAGGGAUAGGGGACGUGACAGGGAUGAAGAGCAGGAGAAUGUGGGAUUCAGAGACAGGGGUAGGGAAAGGGACAAUGAACAAGAAGGUCCUGGGUUCAGAGAUAGGGGACGUGAUCGUGACAGUGAGCAAGAGGGAGGUUUUGGCAGAGAUCGAGGUAGGGAUAGGAGGGAACGCGACAACCGUGAUCAGGAACGUGACAGGGGAGCAAGGAGAGCAAGUAGAUGGAGUGAUGUGACAGAUGUUGAACUUCAAGAAAGUACACCCACUUUAACGGGAGUGUUACCCGAUAAACGUGUUGAAGAGGGUGAGGUAGGAGGUACAAAGGAUGAAGAGGUGAGUGCACCUCAGGAGGAAGGGGAGGUAACAAGUGCCCCUGCUCCACUCCCACCUGCUGUAAUUAAUGAACCAGACAGUGUAGUUACUAAAGUGAAUGGUCCAGAACUUGAAAAGGAGGCCGAACAUGCUCCUCCUUCAGAAAAUAUAGUGCCGGUAGUUAAACCAGUGACAAAUGGAGAAAGUGAACCCAAACCUGAGGUACCUCCUACACGAGACCCAGAAUCAUUAGAGGAGGGCGAGAUAGAAUGAAAUUAAUGAUCAUAUUAGGCUAAUAUUUUUUGUUUCUUUGUAUUGUGCAUCUUUUAAAAGUUUGCUCUGUUCAUCAGUUGAAAAGACAGAUGAAGUAAUGAAUGUGAUAGGACACGAGUCGUUUUCAUGAAUUUGAAUCAUCCUUCAUCCUCGUUGGUAUACAUUUGUAUGAUUAAAAACAGAACUAAGAAUGAAAAUAUCGUUUGCCUGUUGAUAUUUUAUGAAUCUGUUUAUAUUUUAUAGGCUUUAAACUGCUUAUAACCAGAAAUAGCUACAUUUUAUUUCUCUGUUACUACACCCGACAUCCGUGAUGUAUAAUAAAAUAAAUUAUAUGUAUAUAAAGGUAGGAGCGGCAAUUCAAAGUUGCAUCCUUGUGUUCAUUUUUUUAGAUCAUGUGAAAUUUAAUAAUUGUAAAUAUAUGGUUUUAAUGCUGUGUCUAGCCCUUUGAAUGCAAGAGACAGGAAGUAAGAAUGUUGUAUGAGUGUCUUAGGAAACGAGUUGUACUGAAAUUUGUUUCCUGGUAUAACAUACUAUCUUUGUUGUAUACUGAAUAUACCAUGUGUGGUUAGAAAUGUUGCCAAUAUCUCUUUGAAAGUAGAUGUACCAGCAAUGGAUUAAGUAUCAAUUUCCAGUUAUUCUGUAUAUUUUAUUUUAAUAUUGGUAUUUUUAUAUACCUGUCAAAUUUCAAUGUAUUAUGCAAUACUGACUGCCUGUCAGUCGACAAUUUGACAAGUUUUUUUUAAAGUUUUUCUUCAAAGACCUGCAGUUAAUUCAAAACGGUGUUUCAUUAUUGAUUCCUUAAAGGGAACUUCAUGUAGGUUUAAUUUGUUAGAAUCUUUUAAUUUUUUUUUUUACUAAUUUUGGACAUGUUUUUACUUUUCGAUUACAGCAAAAUUUUCAGAGGAAGUAUUUUUAAGAUAUUUCAAUAUGUAUGUACCAAUAGUUACAAUGAAAAGUACUGUACUGAAAAGGCUCAAAAGGGCCUGUUUAGCACAAUGUUAAACUGCUUACGAAGUACACUGUUGCAUCCAUUUGUGGUGCUACUGUUAUAUGGUUUUCAAAAUUUCAAAUCCAGUAGGACAUAUAGUAUAAGCUGUAGUCUUAUUUCAACACUUCUCAUUGAAAACAUUCCGCUAAAUUAUGCUAAAUGCAGACACAUAUUGUUUCUAAGGAAAUUAUUGUGACUGUUAAAUUCAUUAUUGUGUUAAUUUAUUCAAAUUCUGGUAUAUGCUAAAAUUUGAGUUUGCCAAAAUAAAUACUGGUACAUUUAAAUGCACAGUACUUGGUUUUGCCACUUUCCAUUUAUUGUAAAUUUGUAGUCUUCGUAUUUUGAGUUUGCUUGUACAUGUAUUAAUACUCUUCACAAAAUUCACAAAUGUUCAGAAAGGAAUAUACAUGCAUAUGUAAUGGUUAGUUCAAUACAAUUCAAUUUUAUUCAACUUUAGGCCUUACAGCCCAUCAGUUAAGUUAAAACAAAACGACCAAAUUGUAGAACAUAAUACCGUAAGUUUGUUUGGGUGGGUUAUUUACUUUCUAUUUUUAAUUACUGUACUAUUGGUACAUCAUUCAUACCAUCUUUGGUAUAUAUUGUAUGCCAUUAAUGAUUCUAUUUAUGCUAGUGAAACAUGAUGAAUGAGUCUUGUUGGUGGAAACAGAGAUGUCUUCUCAAAAAGAAGAAAUCUCCAAUAAACUUAUGAAAUGUGAGAUGUGUUGAAUUCUGUUUUAAGGAUAUAUAUGUAUGGUUCCGAAUAUUGGCUAAGGAGAUGUUAUUAGAAAUUAUACAUUAUAUUACAAAUCAUCAUCUAUGGAGGGAAGUAAGUAUAUAUCUGGUAUUUCAACUGCAAUAAAAUGAGGAACUCCUAUAGAAAUGCUUUUCAGUUGGAUCAUUGCAAAUAAAAAGGAUGGAAGGGUAAAAUCAAGGAAUGCUCCAGUGGAGUAAUGUAGGACAGCAACUUAAUUCUUUUUAUAUCCUUUUUAUUUAGCAACUUCGGUGCCUAGAAAUCAGUUUCUUGAUGUCUUUUAAGACAAACAUCAAGUAAGCAUAAAGGACGAUGGGAUGAAUCUUAAUUUGUACUGAAAACAAUUGAAGAAACGGGCAUUGUAUCGGAAUUGGUCUUCAAACCAUUGAAAGUGACUGAUGGUUCCUACAAAACUUUUGAAUACUAACCUAAUAAGUCCAAUUUUGUAAUAAAGGAAUCUUUAUAUUGUCAUUCUAUUCUAAUUGAAGAAAUAUACAAAAAUAUCUCCAUCCUGGGAAGUCUGCAGCAACUAACAUAGGUCACGGAAGGUAAGUGGAUAUGUUUUGCCGUGAUGAAAAUAGGUUUCAGCACUACCAAUAGAAUUUACCAAAAUUGAUGCAAAUGUUAAUUGUCUAACCUUAAACUGGGUUUCAUUGAAAAUCAAAGUCUUCGGUUAGUCGAAUCAUUUUGCAGACAUUGACCUGGUGAAUCUUUAAAUGAUUUUUUUUUCAGUAUCCUGUGUUGUGUCUCGAGUUAAUCUUGAUCUAGUAUAUUGUAAUUUACUAAGUAAUUUGGGAAUCCUGUGCAAUCAGUACAUUAAAAAAAUUUAAGCAACAAUCUUGUGCUCACGUUAAAUCCGACUGCAACAAAAAUGUUAAUUAUGGACUUGGAAGGCCAGAGCAUGGUUCCAGAGCCAUGCUUAUUUACCCUACUAGGUCCUGCUAAAUUAGAACAAUACAAACAUCUUUAUUUUGUAUUUAUUUCAGUUUAAUAAUUUGUUAAACAGGACAACCUAUGUAUGGACUAUUUAGGUUUUCCUCGCUUGAAGAACUAUUGCUCUAUCGUGUUGCUUAUUCCACAGGAUCGAUACAAGUUGACAAAAAUCACAUCCAAUUCUGUUUCUGAUUAGAUACAUUUUAAUUCCAUAACUUUGCAGAUAAACACUAAUUUGUAUCAAGAUUUGUGCAAAUAAAAGGAAGUUGUGUCAAA